AUGGCAGUCUUACUGAAUGGGAAUGGGAAGGAUGAUGGGCUAAAGGGGGACGAUGAUGGACCAAAAGGAGACGAUGAUGGACAAAGGGAGAAUGAUGAUGGACCAAGAGGAAAUGAUGAUGGACCAAAGGAGGACGAUGAUAGGCCAAAAGGAGACGAUGAUGGACCAAAGAGGGAUGAUGAUGGGCGAAAGGGGGAUAAUGAUGGGCUAAAGGGAGACGAUGAUGAACCAAAGGGGACGAUGAUGGAUGGACCAAGAGGAGAUGAUGAUGGGCCAAAGGGGGACGAUGAUGGACCAAGAGGAAAUGAUAAUGGGCCAAAAGGAGACAAUGAUGGGUCAAAGGGAGACAAUGAUGGACCAAAAGGAGACGAUGAUGGGCCGAAGGGGGAUGAUUAUGAACCAAAGGGGGAUGAUGAUGGGCCAAAGAGGGAUGAAGAUGGACCAAGAGGAGAUGAUGAUGGGCCAAAGGGGGACGAUGAUGGGCCAAAGAGUGAUGAUGAUGGACCAAGAGGGGAUGAUGAUGAGCCAAAGGGAGACAAUGAUGGACCAAAAGGGGAUGAUGAUGGACCAAGAGGAGAUGAUGAUGAACCAAAUGGGGAUGAUGAUGGAUCAAGAGGAAAUGAUGAUGGACCAAAGGGGGAUGAAGAUGGACUAAGAGGAGAUGAUGAUGAUGGACCAAAAGAGGAUGAUGAUGGACCAAGAGGAAAUGAUGAUGGACCAAAGGGGGAUGAUGAUGGGCCAAAGGGGGAUGAUGAUGGACCAAAGGGGGACGAUGAUGAACCAAAGGGGGAUGAUGAUGGGCCAAGGGGAGACGAUGAUGGACUAAGAGGAGAUGAUGAUGGGCCAAAAGGAAACAAUGAUGGGCCAAAGGGGGAUGAUGAUGGACCAAAAGGAGAUCAUCGGCCAAAGGAGGAUGAUGAUGGACCAAGAGGAGAAGAUGAUGAACCAAAGGGGGAUGAUGAUGGACCAAAGGGGGACGAUGAUGAGCCUAAAGGGGACGACGAUGAAUCAAAGGGUGAUGAUGAUGGGCCAAAGGGAGACGAUGAUGGACCAAAAGGGGAUGAUGAUGGGCCAAAGGUAGACGGUGAUGGACCAAGAGGUGAUGAUGAUGGGCCAAAAGGAGACAAUGAUGGGCCAAAGGGGGAUGAUGAUGGACCAAGAGGAGAUAAUGAUGGACCAAAGGCUGAUGAUGACAAUGAACCAUGA